AUGGAUUCACGAGAGAGGUCGAUGCCUUCUGUUCAUCAACAUCACCAACAAUCAACUCCACCAAACAGGAUGAUGGGCAACGCUUCCUAUUCCACAAAUUUACCCAAUACCAACAAUUCUUCCCAAAUGAUCAACCCCAAUUCCGCCGCUGCUCAAAUCAUGUCCUCCGCCUCCCGAUUUCCCUUCAACUCCAUGAUGGGGUCCGCUUCUAAGCCCUCCGACUCUCCCAAUACGGCUUCUUAUGAUGGAUCGCAUUCCGAAUUGCGGACUGGUGGGUUUAACAUUGAUUCCGGGAAGAAGAAGCGAGGCCGACCCAGAAAGUAUUCCCCUGAUGGGAAUAUCGCCUUGGGUUUAGCGCCAACAACCAUCACUAAUUCCGCCGUUCCCGGCGAUUCUUCCGGCAUGAACUCCUCGGAUCCUCGCCCUAAGAAGAACAGAGGACGGCCUCCCGGUACAGGGAAGAAGCAAAUGGAUGCUUUGGGGACUGGCGGUGUUGGCUUUACUCCGCAUGUCAUUCUGGUGAAUCCAGGAGAGGAUAUUGCCUCAAAAGUUAUGUCAUUUUCACAGCAGGGGCCGCGAACCAUUUGUAUUCUCUCUGCCCAUGGUGCUGUUUGCAAUGUUACCCUUCACCAACCCGCAGCUGGUAGUGUGACAUAUGAGGGCCGCUACGAAAUCAUCUCUCUAUCAGGUUCCUUCUUGAUUUCCGACAAUAAUGGUAAUCGAAGUCGAACCGGUGGUUUAAGUGUGUCUCUAGCAAGUGCAGAUGGUCAAGUUCUUGGUGGAGUGACCAACAUGCUAACAGCAGCAUCUACAGUUCAGGUCAUAGUCGGUAGCUUUCUCGUCGAUGGGAAAAAGCUAGGCGAUAAUAUACAGAAAUCUGGGCCAUCUUCGACAUCACCCAAUAUGUUAAACUUUAAUACACCCGUGGCAGCAGGCUGUCCGUCUGAAGGCGCUUCAAAUAACUCAUCCGACGACAAUGGUGGAAGCCCUUUAAGCCGGGGGCCGGGAAUGUACACCAACGCCAACCAACCAAUUCAUAAUAUGCAGAUGUAUCAAUUAUGGGGUAGUCGAAAUCAAUAAUGAAGCUGCUUGCUCGCCCAACUUAACAGUGUACUGCAUUCGGUGUCGUCGAAGGGGUUAGUGUUUUGCAUCUCGAUGUAUAGAGGUUAGUCCUGGAUUCUGUCCCUAACAUGAAUUGCGCAAACCGUAACCGUAACGUUUCUAGAUUCUCUAUUGAUGUUUCAGCUGCUGGUUAGCUUUAUUUAUAGUCAGUUCAAAUUGCCUUCUUUAACAUUACUCCAUGAACGAGGAGUUUCUGAAGAUUGUGGUAAAUCAUAUACAGAUUGGGAUGUCUCCUUUUCUCAUGGAAAAGCCAUGAAGUUGAGUUCAUAUGAUAUGAUAUUCAUUUAGGUUCAUAUCAAGAUUGUCCCUAUUAAUUCAAUUUUAAUAUCAUUUUUAGGAGAAUUCUUUA